CUUCGUAGGGGUCGCAUACUGGAUGAACAACGUUAGUCGAGCGAUCCCAAGUGUUAUGACGUUAUUAAAUCGUAUAAUACCGUGCAGUUGCAAAUUAUCAUAAAGUAACGCCGAUACGAAGAUUAUCGAUGUCUCAUGUGUCAAAAUAGUACAUGUGCCUGUAUAAGUGUGCAUCAGAAGUUCAGACUUGAGAAGACAUUCGUGUAAUAGAGAACUGUAAAGAUGCAUUAGUGAAAGUAAUUCGUAAUUCACGAUCAAACUGCAGCGAUUUUAAUCAUGUUGGCGAAUACUGGAAAGUUACGAUUUUACCGUAAAAAACAUCUUACCGAAAAUCAAUCGAAGGAACUCUCGAAGAAUAUAGUGAACACAGAACGAAUAAAAAUAUCGGUUAACGUCUGUAAGGAAGAAUAUUUAACAAACAAAAAUCUAUCGAUUAUGACUGACACCCAGCUCAGUCCAGAUGUCGUGGACAAUGUUAGUCUGAGAGAGAAGAAACAUAACACUGCCGAAACAUCAAAUUCAUCUCCUAAUACGGAUUCGCAAGACUCAUACAUCCUGAUAUCGACUGAAGAGAUGCCUGUUAAAUUAAAAGAUAUAAACUGGGAGUAUGUAGAUUACGACGAUAUCGCUGAACAUGUGAGAAGUGAUUGUGCCAUGAAGAAAUAUUGCAGCCCUAGAUGUAGCACAGCUUGGCUUUUAAAAAUUCGCCGCGAAAUUUUGAAAAAUUGUCGCCGAAAAAUUUAUCCUCUAGCAAUUAAUGGUUACAGGAAAGGGUUACGUAAAUAAAGGUAUCGUAACAUUUUUGGAUACUACCAGCUCUAAACGUACUUACCUCUCUUCCAACUUUAGUGCAUCCCCAACCAC